AUGGAGGCUCCCCGCCCCAUAUUCCAGGACGAGAAUGGAAACGCUAUCAAGUUCUUCAUACAGAAAGACCUUCCAGAUGACAUCCAACGGCGUUUACAAGAGGACAUUGUAGCUCUGGGUGGCAGAGUACACACCAAGGUGCCAAUCUCCGGCUAUGUCCUCACUGCGCCCGGCACGCCAGAAGAACAGCGCUUGCGCUAUUGCUGGAAGCAGCCCGACCGGCCCGAGCGUUUCUUUGUGCCACACACCUACGUUGACGCGUGCAAGACGUCGCGCAAGCUCAUACCCCAGCUCUUCAUCGAGCAGGGCGAGCCGAUGCAGUUUCACCUGCACUCGUCGAUCCUGAACGUCAACAUGCGGGAGGUUAUCUCUGAACGAAUUCGGCACUCGGGCGGGGUUCCAGAUUCGCCGCCGGAGACGGCGCGUGUGAUUCUAGCAGAUCCUGGCGAUGAGUCGUUCAAGGAGCUCAUCAGGAAAUAUGAGGGCGACCCAGCGAAGUAUAUCGAGGCUUUCUUCUGGGUGCAAAAAUGCGUGGAAAUGGGUGCAAUCUACUAUAGCCCCACGGCGUACAAGAAUCCUGGCGGCAGAAAGCCUGGCGACGAACGAACCAACUUUACUGAAGAAGACGAGCGCCAUCUCUGCGAGUGGCUCGCAUUCAAGAUACCCUAUAAGGAGGCCGGAGGACGAACAGGAAACAAGAUAUAUCAACAACUCUUCGAUCUGGCCGAGCACGACCCCCAAUACGCCUGGGUCACCCGCCACACCUGGCAGUCCUGGCGCGAGCGCUACAAGAAGCACGCCCACCGCCUCGACCGCGUCAUCGAGAGCAUCGUCGAGCACAAGAAGCCCAUGCUCGGCGAGAAGGGCCAGUACGGCUACGUGCGCGUCGACGAGCCGAAGGAGCCUAAGCCCACACCGAAGCCCAGAUCGAAACGCAAGCGCGCGAGGAAGGACUCGACGCCUGAGCCGUCGCAGAACGAUGGCGCGUAUGGCGGGCCGGUGAUGUUGUCGCCGCCGAACGCGAGGAUGGCAUCGCGCCCGCCGUCUGGUCCGACGCGAGCUCCGUCAGGACCACCGCGGUCACAGCCUGCGCCUGCUCCUCCGCAGCCGCCUCCUUCGCAGCCGGGGCCAGCACACCAUGCAGCUACCCAGCCAGCUCCGCGUGCGGCCACCCAGCCAGCGCCGCGUGCAGCCGUCCAGCCGCCUAAGCGCAAAGCUACCGAUAUCGUGGACGAGCUCGACUCGGAAAGCCAGUGGCAGAUACGCAUCGGGGAUGAGCCGCCUCCGACAUGGGCGCGGCCUAGGGACGAGGACGACGAUGAGCUCGCGAAAGAGCAGAGUCCUACUAAGCGCCAGCGUAUCAGGGAACCCUCGCCUUCUCGGAGAGAGUCAGAGCCUCGAAGCCCAUACAAGGGCGAGAGACAAUCAUCUAGGGAUUCUCAGAAGCCUGCCAGCGCCAGUCUCCCUCCGCUCGAGAACGGCGAGAUCAAGAACGACGCGUUCGUAGCUGACAGUCAGAGCGCCGGUGAUGAGAGUCAGGUGCUUGUGCCCGACAGCCAAGCGUCCGUCAACGAGAGUCAGCGCAUCCAGGAGAGUCAAGGGCCUACCAAAGAAAGCCAAGUGCCCUUCGACGAGAGUCAGAGGCCCUUGGACGAGAGUCAAAAGCCCUUCGCCGGGAGCCAGCGCCCCUUCGGCGAAAGUCAGCGGGCCUUUGAUGAGAGUCAGUAUUCACAGAGCCAGCCCCUCGCAGAUGGCGUGUACCUCGAGACGCAGUCUGAUCUCGUUGGCGCUCAGCCUCGCGACGACUCCCAGUACUCCUGGCCUUCCUUCCCCGCGACUCAAGCGCUCGGCAACGGUGAACAGGAUUCUCAAGGUGUGGGCGUCGAGUCGCAAGCAUCUGCUAUCAAUUCCCAACCCGCCGCCGACUCCCAGUCUAAAUUCCCCGCUUUUGAGUCCCAACCCGCCAAUGACUCCCAAUCCUCACAACCCUCCACUGGCACCCAAUCCUCUACUACCAUCCUCGACAACAUCCACGCCACCGAGCGUGCGCUGCGCGACAUCGCCAAGUCCUUCCGCUUCACGUACGAGGAGGUGAAGGAGUACUACGACAGAUGUCACGACCUCGCGCGGGUGCGGAUGCGGUUCCAGGGGAUGCGGGAGGUGUUGAGGGCAAGGUUCGGGGAUUAG